AUGUACAGAUCGAAGGCCAUUCAGUCAUUACCUACCAAACAUGAUGAGUCGGCUCUCGGCGAAUUAGAUGACGUGGGGAUGCAGAGAAGCAAACACUCUGAUAUCCGGCGCCGCGGCCAGCCAGCUCGAAGAGCAGACCUCGACAACCUGCGCACAUUCCUGACUGCCCUCGUCGUGGUCCAUCAUACCGCCAUUCCAUACGGUGGUUUGGGGUCAUGGAAAUUCCACUCCAAAUGCUUCCCCCCAUUGUCCCUGGCCCUCGUCGCUUUCAAUGGCAUCGAUCAGACGUUCUUCAUGGGCGCCUUUUUCUUCCUAUCAGGCUGGUUUUCCGGCCUGGGUAUUUCUCACGGUGUUCAACGUGGGAGUCAGAAGCCUUUCCUCCGCUCGAGGCUGGUCAGGUUGACGGUCCCGGCCCUUGUGUAUACUAUUUUCAUCGAUCCUCUGAUAAAUGUUAUAUUAGACGGGUUCGGACCAGACGGAUUCGUGGGGGAGAACGAAUGGUCUCACUCUCUUGCGCUCUCUACGUCAAUAUUCUGGACGAGCUGGAUCAAUUUCACGGGGAUCCGAGGCCCUGUCUGGUACUCGGCCCUCCUGGCCUGCUUUGAUGUCAUCGCCUCAUUGCUCUCUUCCACGCCGACGAGUAAAUGGUCCGACCUUUUCAGAAAUACCUCCUCGAACCUUGGCCCAUGGCUUGCCAGUAUCCUUUUGAGCUUUGUCAUUCGACUCCCUUAUCCUGUAGGUACAAAGUUCUGGCCACUGAAUGUCCAACCUGCGUUUGUUCCACAAUAUAUUCUGGCGUAUGUCCUAGGCCAGGCGUCUCAAGCCGCUCAAAAUCCCUAUAUAUACCUUCCCUUCCGAGUCUCCAGGCGACCCUUGACUCACCUUUUCCGCUCGUUGAGCUGCAGCGCAAUGUCAUUGGGCCUGGUCCUGUAUAUUUCAGCAGCUCUUACACCCGACCCGGACCCUAUGGCCGCCGUUCACUCUCUUGCUGGUGGUUUCAGCCUACCUGCUUUACUUUAUGCGAUUUGGAACGAGGUCAGUUUUGCCGCUAUCAUGCCAGCGUUGAUCACUUUAUUCUCCCAGCGCUUCAACAGCUCCUGGACACUGAAAAUCGGGAACAACAAAGUUGUGAACCUUCCCAGGUACUCUUAUGCCGCUUUUCUCCUCCAUCCACUGGUCAGUCUGAUUAUCGAGUUAAGCCUCGAAAAUAUCAUGGGUUGUUCAUCACCCGAGUCGGCUUCAAUGAUUCGCAUCUUGGGGCCGAUUUUGAUGACAUUGAGCGUGGGCCUUCUGAAUAUAGCUGCUUCUUGGAUUGCGGCUUAUUUGUUGGUCGAAUACGUCCCAUAUAUUGGUAUGGUUAUCUAA